AAAAUAUUUGACUCUUGAGGAACAUUUCCAUAGGUAAGCGCAUUUGUUGGAAAGGAACUAUUGUUUAAGCCCAUUAAAACAUAAUUAAAAUUGCGUUCAGUCUUUUCCCUCGAAGCUUUGCAUUCUGUGGCGCGUGUUGUGGUGGUAAUCAAAGUUCAUUGCAGUAUGUGAGUUAUUACUUGACGAAUUUUAAAGCUUGCUAACUUAAAAGUGUCUUUAUCUGUUUCAACUUCAGCCUUAAAAUACACCUCAUAUCCAGCUCUUCUGUGUGGAGUCAGUGCGAGAGAAAUGGGUCUCUUGUCAGAUGUUCGAGGACGGAAGAAAAUUGUGGAUGUUUUAGUAACUCAUUGCUCAAAGCUGUGGUAACGAGGCUUUAAAUUUUUGCAAGAUUUUUCUCUUAGUAUUAUUAGGGAUUAUACUUGUAAUACGCUUUCAAUUGAUGUUCUUAUGUUUUAUUUGACAAAUUUGCGAAAUUUUUGUGCACAGAUGUACGGUGUACCACCAUGCCAAAAUUAUAAGGAGAUUUACGUUUAAGAGACUAAUUGUAUCUAUGUCGUCCUAUUUUCAUUUUGACUUUUCCUUUCUUUGGAUUUUGCCGAUGCAUGGUAAUGAAAGUAGACAACAGCACAAAGUAAAAUGUCAACCACAGCAAAUUCUCGCCCACACUGAUUGGCAAUGAUCUAUUGAUUCAUUUAUCAAUUUUAUCGUUCUCUUCCUUUUUCCAGUGUUCUCAGUUACAUUAUUGGUAUCAUCUGGCUGUGUGCUUUAUCUGAUCGCACAUUCAAUGGUCGUGUUUAUUUCUCUGAGAAUGCAUUGUUGCCUGGUUUGGUUGAAGCAGAAUUCAAGAAUCACAGACUUGCUUCAGAGUUAUUUGGGAAGUUAUCAACUCUUCCAGAGGGGGAUAUUAGGUACCCAUCAUUACAGUUCUUCUCUGCUUUUAUAAUUUAAGGGGAGCAUGGAAAAAAGACUUACAGACUGAUUGAAUACUUUCACGCAGAAUCCUGCAAAAUUGUCACCUAAUGGUUCCUUUGUGAAACACAGAAUUAAAUUAAGGUCUUAUCCACAGGUAGUAAGAGCUUUGUUAUACUCCCCUUAGAUUUAAUUUCUUUAUAAUUAUGAGAAACAAAAUGGCUUUUUCCAUCAGUAGUUUGUAUAAGAAAAAUAGAAGAUUUAUAUGUAGCCAUGGUUAGCUUUCUUUCUGUAAAAACAUCUUAUUUGAGAUGUGCUUCAUACCCAUGCUGGUUUGUCUUGCAUGUAAAAUAAUAUAACUUUUUCGCUGGUUUCUGACAAUUUUAUUUGAAAUUGUUUUCCUGUGAAAGUACAUUUAUAAAAGAAAUGUUUAGGCAAACCUCUAUAAUUUUCCUGUUGAUGUGUGGCGUGACUAUUACUGACGAUAACCAUCCCUCUCCCUCUUGUUUUUGGAUCUGGACGUACUGGACCAUAAUUUCCUUCAAUUACCAUGUGCAUUAUUUAUUAUUCAACAUAAUGUCCAUUUUUCUUUAGCAAUGCUGCAUCACAGAUGAUCACAAACACAAUGGAAAACAUUGGUCUUUACACUUACCAACAGAACUUCACAGUUUACACACCAUUUCCUGGCAUUUCUGAGCCACGCGUGAUAAAUGGCAUAAACAUUUAUGGGAUUCUUAGAGCUCCCAGGAUUGCAGGCACUGAGGCACUGGUUAUCAGUGUUCCAUACAAUCAAGGGAACAAUAAAGGAGCUUUAGCACUAAUGUUGUCAUUUGCUGACCAUUGUAGAAGUGAGUAUAAAGUGGUAUUCAAAGUUUGAAAAAUGUCUUUUAAGAAGCUUCAAAUUAAUGCAACUUUGCUUCCUAAGACUUAAAUUAAAUGGGAAUGACUUCUAUUAAAUGACAUUUAAAAAACACCAGCAUAUAGUGCUGAAGGAUUUAAGAGAAUUUUUCUAUCUCUGAUGGUAAUGACUCUGCCCUCUGUGGAGUCAGUGUUUUUAAGGGACUAUUGCUUUUCUCCAGCAAAUCUUGAGCUGCUUUAAUAUCCCGCACAUGGAGUGGUAUUACAGUGUUAAGAACAGUGCUGUGAUUUUCCUCUGGAUGGACACUUUCAUUGGUGUGUCUCCAGAAAGCUUAAGAUAUUGAAACAUUCAUUCUUGAUCAAAGAAGACUUUGUGUGAGAGCUUUACAAACAUUAUGAAGUAAAAUAUAAUGUUAUACAGGAUGAGAAGUGUAUACUUCUUCUUCAUGCCCACCCGUUUAUGUUCCUCAUGCAUGGUUUCUGUUGAGAAAAAGGGAAGUCCACUGUUAUCCUCAAAUUGUGUACUGUACAUUUUUCUAGUCACCCUGCUCUGCCUAAUUGUAAUGUACAAUGUAACUGUCUAGUUGAGAGGGGAGAUUCUGUGCAAUUUUCUUUUCUUUUCUUGUUUUCUUUUUACUUUUUCAGUAUUUGAUUUUGAUAAAUUAAAAAGAAAUAUCUUUUUUCACAGGGAAAAGUUACUGGUCAAAGGAUAUCAUUUUUCUUGUGACUGAUAGAGAUCAACUUGGUAUGCAAGCUUGGCUUGAUGCAUACCAUGGUGUUACAAAUUCUUGUAGGUAUUAGUUUCCUGCACUUUCUUUGUUGAUAUAAUCAACUCAAACACUUUGAUUUAACAGGUUGAAAUAACUCCCCUUGAGUAAAUACCAAGUAAAGAGCUCAGAACUUACCUUCUCUAUUAUUUUGUUUACCAAACUUGAUGCCAUUGACAUUUCUGAUCCUAGCAGUAUGCAGGAUGUGUUUCAUAAAUGUGUUUCUCUGUGGCUCUGUGUAUCGGAGCACAGAAAUCAGAAGGUCUGAAGUUCAGUUCCUCAUGGGGACUCAGAAUUUUUUUUGUUCCAGGCUCAUGAUAAGAUGAAAUAACAUCUUUCUCUAUUUCUUCACUGAGCUCAAAACUUACCACCUUUCUUAUUGUACUUGAAACAACUUGUUUUUCCAUUUGCAGAUAUUUCUUCUGCUCCUCUUGAGGGACAUUCUGGUUCCAUACAAGCUGCACUGAACUUGGAAUUUCUGCAUGAGAAAGUGAACUUCUUUAAGAUUGCCAUUGAAGGAAUUAAUGGACAGCUUCCUAAUCUUGAUCUAGUAAAUACCGUGUUCAGGAUGUGUCGCAAAGAGCAUGUUCCAGUUUCUCUACACACAGAGGUGAAUUGGAUUUUUUAUUUAGUGGGAACAAAGAGUGUAUUAGUAUAUGACUUUUUUUGUUAAAAAAUCAUUUUCCUGGAAUUCAUUUUAAUCUAAAAGAUAGCUAUUGUGUCUCUGAUAAUUAAACAGAUAUUCAAAAUCAAUAGAAACAUGAUUAGAAAACUUUUCUAGUACAGUGACAGAGGCAAACCAGUUGGGUAUUUAAUUAUAAUGGGCUGUUGGAUCACAAGUUGAACGUGGUUACCUGUUACAUGGUCCAUCUUGAGCAAAAGUCAUCUUAAGGGUCAAUCUUUAUGACUUUGACUUAUCAGUGAUGACUUCUGCUCAGAUUUUUCACAUUUUAUACUUUUUCACUGACAAAAUCUUUUCCAGGGCUGCCCCACUGGGAAAAUCAUCACUACAAAUGAAAUAAUUGAGUACAUAGUGGUUAUUUUUAUUCAAGUCCUCAUUAAGCCUUUCACUCUCAAGUUCUACAAAUGAAUUCUCUGCAUUAUCUGUCAUGAAUUUCUACCAAUCAUAGCUUUGAGAAUUUGGUGAUUAAUUGGUCAACUUGCCCUUGUUGAUAUUUUUCUUCCUGAUCACUUUUCUGCACAGAAAUGUAUCUAGGUACUUUGUAGUAAGACAUUUAUUUUUACUCACUACCUAGAGUGAUUGAAAAAAAGCUCAGGCCCUUAAAAUUUAGCAAAAAGAUUGUGCAUUGUAGGCUAAGAAUUCUCUGAUCUACAGUUUCUCAUUAGCACCAUGUUACACCCCUCUAAGGAGUUUUCUCCAGCAUGUUUGGAUGCAUUUUGUCAUUUAGUUGCCGUACAGUGUUUGUGUCAUUUGAUGUUGACAGGGAUAUCAUGAACACCUGGGACCCUGGGCAGAUUCUGUGCAAUCCCUUGUUACCAUGGUGAUAAUGAUGUUUUACCAGGCCUCAGGAAGGGCUUCUGGCAAUCAUGGCCUAUUUCACAGAUAUCGUAUUGAAGCUGUUACAAUGAGGGGUGGUGGAGAAACCUUUCAGUAUGGGCGUGGAUUUCAGGAGACUGGAAGGUGGGCAGGUGUUGGUAGGAUUCCAUUUAACCCUUUAAAUUCCAAAAGUGAUUAAAAUGUAAGUUCUCCCUGAAUUAUCCAUACAUUAUCCAGCUAACAGGUAAUGAGAAUAAUCAAACUUUUCAGGUAGAAGUUAUUAUCUUGAUCUAACCCCAAAUUCUCAUAACUGAUUUACAUGGAAAUGUGCAGUAGCUAGAGGGGAGAAUUAGCAAUCAGAUCUUGGGAGUUAAGGGGUUAAUAAAACUUCAUUGAUUCUCAAAGAACCAAUUAGAGCAGAUAAUAUUGUUUUGAAGUCUGCUCUCAAGCCGGUUUGCCCAUCCAGCUAGAAUUGAGCCUGGUUUCCAUUGCAUGACACAUUAACCCCUGAAUUUCAUCAGGCUUCCAUGACAGAUCACUGGUACCCAUUUUAUACUCCUGGGUGGAGAGAGAGAGAGAGAGACUGGAAGACUUAAGUGUCUUACCCAAGAACAUAGUACAGUGACUUUGCUAGUACUCACCCGUUUACAGGAAGAGAGUAGCUAAGAUGAAAGCCAAAAUAGUUAAUAAGGUACUGAAUGGCACUGAAUGGCAUGCUGCCGCAUUAUAUCUCUGAAAAGGUUAAAAAAUUCAGCACUGUUCGCUUGUCUUUCACGAGGGCCAAAUGUGGAUUAUUUUGUGAUAAUUCGUACUAUCAUCAAUAAAGAAAGACUCACCUUUCAACCCAGUGUUCAGCGUGCUAGUCAUAACGCAUCACUGGCAUAAUUUUGUUUUACUGUAGACGUGAUUUAACCGUAAGUUCAUCGUAAGUUUCCCCGGAUUAAGUUAAGUUUCCCUUUCAACACAGUCAUACUGGAAUCUUUUCUAUCGACUCUUAAAUAUUUGCUCCUUGCUUCGACAGAGUCAUUGAGGGUAUAUUCCGCAGUUUGAACAACCUCCUGGAGCAAUUUCACCAAUCGUUCUUCUUCUACCUUCUACCUGAGUCUAAUCGCUAUGUAUCAAUUGGCCUGUACAUGCCUCCCUUUGGCUGCCUUCUGUUAGGUCCUCUGAUCAUGGCUAUCGUGAUGUGGGUAUUAGCCGGGUCUGCUCCAGAAAACGGCUCAAAAGUUGACACCUCACAAGACGAAGCAUCGAAGGAAGAAGCUAAAUGUAAAACAGCUGAGGUGGAAAGUCGUGAAGAAAAAAGUGGUGAUACUGAAAAGGAAAUCCCUAAUUUAGAAGUUGAGGUUUGUUGAGGUUUCAAUUUAAUUUUCAACCCUGUUGAAUUUAAUUUAAAAUGAAAUCAAAAUUGUUGGAAAAAGGAAAGAGAAAUACGAGAGGCGGACCUUCUCACGGUCACAUGUAACAUGCGCAUUUUAUAAUGAUGAAGGAACUACUGUUGGUCGCGGUAUUUAGAGUCAUUUUUAGCUCCGCAGAGAAUUGCCUUUCAAGUGAAUUUCCUUUUAAAAUAUUAGUUGGUUAGGUUUGAUAAACAGCCGAGAGAAAAGAGUAGGCUAUAAAGAAACCAGGCUGAUAAUGGAUGAAGAAGAUUGACUUACAUUACAAAUGAUGGGAAUUAAAAGUUUUAAGCGAAACUUUUCAAGAUGUACCAGCCGCGACGCAGCUCCUGAAACUGUCGUGUAUGAUGAAAAAAUCCGCUGAAGCCUAUCAUGAUCGCAUGUAAUAUGCUCAGAAUGUCUUAAUUUUGCAGGUAGCAUUUUUGAAGUAUCCUCCUGACAUCGGAAGCGUCGUGCCUAUUGCCAUGGCAACACACGUGGCAGGUGUCGUGGUGUUUUAUUCUCCAGAGCUAAGUUAUAAACUGGGACAAGCGACAGGACUAGACCCUUUGUUAUGUACAUACAUUGGAAUGGCUUUCUCCUUCUUUGUAGUAAUACUUCUGCCUUUUAUCACAAGGUAAGAGACGUGUUUUCACGUUACUAGGAGAGAUUACUGAAUGAAAUAAAGAGUAGAUGGAUAAAUGACGCUUGCAGAAACGAAAAGUAGUAAGAAUGAACUCACAUUUUGAGCUAUUUUCAACUGGUCGAAAGUAAGCUGAGAUUGCAUUGUUUUGCCCUACUUUGCUCUGCUACUUGCGCCACCCUCUCCACCAAUCAGAUGCAAAACAAAAACCAAUCACGACUUGGUCGCCCGCGUUUUCCCGCGCUUCAGGCAGUUUGGUUGCCUUUACUUUGAGUUCUGAUAGCCUCUUAAAGGUAUUUCCCUUUCAUCUGAUUGGCCGAUCGGAAAGCAUUAUAACUCAAUUUUCCUUUAAUCCUUAAAUCGAUCCUGCGAAAAAAUGUUUCAAGUCUCUUGUUCCAGGUUGAUGUAGAUAUUUUAAUUUUAAAGCACAAAUAGCCAAAAGCAGAGAGCGAGUACACUGUACACUGUACACUGUACGGACAUUACCGUCCAAGCACAAUUAGCUACUUGUAAUCUUGAUUAAUUACCACUGCUACAAAAGCUGCGGCGUUACAGAACUUAAAAGGUAUAAUACGCAAACCGGUUCCUAUAUACUGGUCGGAUGUUGUAGUUACUGGGCUACAGAGGAAUACUUGGCAAGCCUUAAUUACUUAGUUGCCACUAAAGUUUAUAUGGAAACAAAAUCUACCGGCAUUCUAUCACUUAUGUUACCAUCUGUUCUGCGCGAUGGUUGUUUUCUCUUCCAUGACAGAAAGCGAGAAAAGUAGAAAGCACGUGGCCGGCUUGGGCUACAUGUAUAUGUACUAGUAUUUAAUUAAAAAAAAAAGAUUAAAAAGCCUGUCUUGUUAAGGUUUAGAAGACUACUAAAUUUACUAUAAAAUAAUUGGACUAUUGGUGCGAGAGAUAGCUGAAUCGGGUUCGCCCUCGUAAACGAUCUCGCGAUAGAAAUCUCAUGCUUGUAGUUAAAAUGUUUCAUGCCCAGAAAAUACCAAUAUUUUACAAAAACUGAGUGGGUUGUUUAUAUAGCCUGACAGUACUGUUCAGAGGUAAGUUUAUCAAUCUCGUUUUUGGAGCAUCUCGAAAGCCAAAAGAUUGAAAUAGUUUCCAAGUAAGUCUGAGAGAAAUGUUGAAUAGAGCGAUGUUUUUAGUGGAGCGAGGGCAUAGACAUAUUCAGACCAGCCCGACGCCGUUAUGUCAGCCUGACGCCGUUACAAUGUUCGUUUUUUUUAACCGUUACCAAGUGCACCGCUGUAUUUUGCCGUUGUAAACGUAUAAUUAACAACUUGUGCUCUAGAAACAAACACUGUAUUUUGUCUCGGCUUAAACAGGAUUAUAUAAAUUCUCGGUGCGAAAAUACAGAGUAAGAAGCCUAAGGCACUGGUGAUGUUUGUGGCGCAUUCAAGCACAGUUAUGUACCAUCCUUCGAUCGCGAACGCUACAGGAUAAUAUGAUAUUACGGAAAGAAAUAAAAUAUACAUGGAGAAACCGAUGCGCCUCGCUUCAUUGAAGUUUUCGGGGAUAUUUCUCACCCUGAAAGCGUAGUACGCACAAAACAGCCACAGAAAAACUCCGAACGUGAUGUUUGCGAGUAAGAUGUUUUUUCCAUUAAGGGUAGAAUAUGCCUUGCAUACAAUCGAAAUGUGCUGCAGAUGAAUGAUGGUGAUUUUCUUGUAAGGCGGGCCAGUAAUGAGCCAAGCUACCGUUAAACCUAUCUGAACAGCGGUAAGAGUCGCCAGGAGAGCUCUCUGUGUACUGGCUUUGGCGGUAAAACACGCUGACAAUACGCAUCGUCUUUACAAGAAGUACGGCAACGCACAUGAUCCAAAUCGUCAUCCGUCCACAGUGACUGAAGCAGCAGAUUGUGUUGGCCGAUUCGGAGAGAUUCAACAGAGGUAUGACAAACAGAGAAGUGAUCCCUACCAAGAGGAUCAAACUCAUUUCUCUGUCGGCCGCCUUAGCUACGGGUGUGUUGAAAUACCUCGCCAAGGUGCCCCAGGUGAUGAAUGUCAGGACGAGUCCGACAGCAGAGAAAACUGCUACAAGUACACCACUCACACUGUUCAUUUGCAUACGUAGUAUUGGUAAAUCAACACAGCGCGUUCGUUCUUCGUUCGAUUUCUGUGUUUGUGAGCAUUCGGUGCAAUUACGAGAGUUGUGACGCGUGCUUAUGCUGCCCAGCGGGCACCUGAUACACUUCCAGCAGCAAGGCGUGGUUAGCGACUGCCUGGUUCCUGGAGAACAGUCUUUAGCGCAGAUUGACCGCGGAGCACUUUGAUUUAAAAGUGUGUUCCAUACUACAUUUGAUUUUAGUGUUAGUUGUGGAUUCUUGUCUUUUAUCCAAGACCCAACCAAAACUUUUUCGUACUUUUUCUCUCGCUGUUUGUUUCGCUGAAAAUUGAUGAUAUCGUAGGAGGCCACUAAUCGAUCUCCAAAAUGGUUGAAUUGCACUUUGCCAGUGGCUCCGUGAAAACUUACGUUCUUAAGGUAGUUUGGGAGGCUUUUUCUAACAUUCACGGGUAUAACACCAGGACAUUUUCCUUCAGGCAGAAGACCGUUCGGUUCAACGCAUUUGUAGAUGUUGUCGAGAGCAUGAGCUACUGCGUACACGGCAUCUAAAAGGUACGGAACAAAUGAGCUGCGAAAUUGCCCAAUCAAAUGAUGUGAAGAAAUGUUGUCUUUACAAUCAGACAGUGUUUGGUUACAGAUCUGUGUCCAAAACUCAUCCCACCAUGCCGAAUUUCUCUUCAAUGUUGCGUUUCGUGUUAAGUGCUUCAAAUGUUCAUCAAAGGGUAAGUGUCGGAAGUCUUGAGGCUGAACUCCAAGUGACCCAUCGAGUCCUGCAAAGCGCGGGUCAAGAUGCACGCUUUCCUCGGCGGUCAUAGCGUCGCUAAAUAGCCAAGUACGGUCGCGAACGCCUUGUUUGUGUGUCUCGUGGAGAAAAGCUCUUGCAUACCCGCCUGAUAACCACACAAGUACGACUCCAAUGUUCUGCUGUUGUUUGAGCUUAAUAACAAUUUGAACGAGCUUUUCCUGGUAGUCUAGUCUUGGAAUAAACUCGGAAAAAGCGAUGCAAAAGGUUCUUCGUCGGUAUACCUCUUUUUCCACAGCCCAAACACCCUGACGUCCGUACGAGUCAUCGAUAGCGACAGCGGCGAUGUAGGUCCAUUUGAAAUGCUCGAUAAUGUCGGCCAUGACUCUCGCCUGCCACAUAUCGCAAGGGAUUGUGCGAAAAAAAUCCUGGUACAUUUUGGAGCUGAGUUCGUGGCUUGUGGCUGUAGGGCUGAUUGCAGCAAUUUCGUGCACUUGGAGAAGACUUCCUACCAGAACAGCGCCUGCCGAGUCGUGCGGGCCUAUCAGAGCAACCACUGGCUGCGUAGGUGAAGAAUUGUCAUCCAACGUGCGGUUCUUAUCUGCCCGACAGACUGCAUCAGUGUUUUGAACCAAGUCGUUCGCCAUUCGCAUGGCUAUUGCUGCGUUUUCGCAGUAAUCUCGAAUGUCAUAACCGAUAGUGACGUUUGGUAAGAUGGUAGAGUCGUUGUUGACGCGUUCAAUGGCGAACAACAUGGUCUCGACAUGGCCAAGACCCAUAGUAAACAACUCGCCGCAGUCAUCGUUGGGUCCAUUGAAGUGGACAUCAAAAAGACCCCCUAAUGUAACAUCUGCUGGCUUGAAAAUUCGAUUCUGAUAAAACUUGGUGUCCGUUUGAUGUUUGGGAUCUAUCACGCUGAAAAUGGAUAAGAAGGAGACGAUUCCUAGACGUUGCAUGUUCAAAAGCUCGCAGCUAUGCAGUCGUACUUCCUCCUUCAUGUAGCCUGGUAGGGCUUAAUUGAAUGCGAGAAUUAUUUGUUAAGAAACUUACUGCUUCACAAGAACCAUUCGAGAUAUUUUGACGCGUAUUUGUUGACACAAAUAUUUCCUUUCGUCAAACAGGAAAAGUCUGUGUAAGCAGCUAGGUUAUUGAUUCUUGUCGGUCCCGUGUUUGCACUAUAUGUGAGUCCCCAAACUUAAUCAAAUAAAACGGCGACUCAAUUUUACUCUCAAAACGGGUUUUGAUAUCGUAAAAGCUUCUUUGGUUUGCUAAUUCUAUUUCCAUACAGAGGAAGUGGAAAAGUCAACGGAUGCCUCUUAUCAGAUUCUAUCGACAUGGACCAUUAAUUAUUUAUUUUUUUCACACCUUUCCAUUAAGAAGUCGAUUACCUUUAUCUGUGAGGUAUAAUAUUCGAGUACUGGUGAACUUAACACAACAGAUAAAUUGGAAAAAAUGCUCUUCACAAAUGAGAAAAGGGAAAUGUAACUAUUUUCUCGCUUGCAUUGCUUCCUGUCCUUCAACUGAUAGAUACAAUAGAGAAAUAGAAACAUUGUACUCGUCAUCUUCAUAACAAUAGCAAUCUUUCCAUAUCAUUACUCAAACAGGUGUAGGGUAAACAGCAGUGGUGUUCAUGCCAUUCGCGUAAAAAAAAGGUUCUAAAAAAAUCCCUCUGUAUUUACUUGAUUAAGGAGAACUUGUCUGAAGAUGAAUUGGUCGAACAAGAUUGUUGAGAAUUUAUGCCCUCUGUUUCUGAAAUGGAGGAAAUAUUUUUAACUAACUCAUGCGUCAAGUUAUUGUGUCAGCAAAUUUUAAGUAAAUACUUUUGUAAAUGUGAAGUACCAUUGUAAACACUAAUGAUCUGAAUUUAUAUCCUUGAAUUGUUGCUGCAAAAGGAGUUACAAAGCGUGUUUUUAUGGUUUACUUUGUAUUCCCGUUUUGAUUCUCUAGUUCAGGACUCGCAAGAGUCAUUUCGUAUUUCUUUCUAAUUUUAGACAGAGUGCACUUUAUUAAAUAUGAUUCAAUGCGCAGGUGAACUUCGAAUGGCGAUAAACUAAAGAAAACAGAAAUUUAGUUGUCACAUUUGAUUAAAUUUGAUGAAUGUGCAUAUAUUUUGUAUUAGAACUUCUCAACUUAUGCUCCCUUGCAUCUGCCGGCAGGCUUUUCAACGCUAGUGAAAUAAUUGUACUGUUUUUUGUUUUUUGUUUAAAGAAAUUUUUAGGUUUCUUUCAUUUGAUGAAUAAUUUCAAUUGCUUUUUUGUGAAAUGACCGUCCUUUUCUUCGCUUUACCCGUGUUUACACUGGAACUCUUUCCUUGCCAAAUUAAGUUGUAUGAGUGAAAUUGCUUGCCAAGGUCGCCUCCAAAGAGAAAACCGAAACAAUUUACAUAAACCCGUCAAAUGUUUCAUGGCAAGUGUACUUGUCAAGAAAAUUUUGUCGUUGUCAAAUUUUUCUUUGGGAGGAUACCUGUUAAAACUCCUAUUAAAAGGGACAAAGAUAAAGCUACAAAUUUCCCAAGUAAACACAGCCAAAAAUAGGCUUGUCAAACGAAAAUUGAUGGUGUAAGGCAGAUCCAUGAUAUAAGCCACUAAUUUCACUAUUAUGCUCCAUUGAAGGUAUUCGAGUGACGUAAGCUCUCAUCAUGUGACCCUUCGAAGCCAUUAUAUGCUCAAAUGUGGAGCUUUGAUACUCUUCUCUGUUCUCAUGGGAGCAAUGGCGGCCAUAAAUUUCUCUCUGGCCUUUUUGGUUAGCAUGUUCCAAGUGCCUGUAUACCUGUUGGUGGCCCCUUGGGGGAGGAGGUUAGUAGUUCAUUCAUUUAUUGGUUAAUUGCGGAAAUUGUAAAUGUCCAAAUUUUUUUUGCCUCAUUGUUGCGCAUAUCAAAAACAUUGUACACUACUACUGACCAGAAUCCACCUGGUUUUUCUAGCAUGAGGCGACCACGUGUGUCACUACUCCUGCUGAACGUUAUUCUUGAUCAUCGCUUACCCUUUCACAACACCUCCACUUUGUCGAAGUGGCUACCUGAAAUUUUCCUAGUACCGUCAGUGCAAUGUUUCAAAGUCUUUCUUACUUUGUAUUGUUUGUUGUCUCAAAUCAAUAUCAUUUUUCAGUAACAUUCUCUUGGCAAAUGCUAUUAUCACUGAUGUUCAAAGUCUCUCAAGGUUUACUUCUUCAUCCAAAAAUUACCCAUUAGUGUAAGAAGAUCAAAGACUAAUUGAAAUGGAAAAUUAAAUCUUCAGCUGGAACUCCUCUCAUUUUUUAAAGAAACUCUUCAAAGCUGAUGUAAUCAGUAAACUUCAAUAAUGACUUGUCAUUGAUUUGCAAAAACUUUAUACGUUCAUUUUAAGAUGAUGAUUAAAAUUCUUGUUCGCAUUUUGUUGACAGGAGUCGCCGUCUUCUCCAAGCAGUGCUACUAGUUUUGGUAUCGCCGCCGAUGAUUCUAUUUCUCCUUUCGCUGGCCUAUAACGUAAUUGUCUCACAAACCGAAGCUAACAUCAACAUCAUACUUCAAUCCACUCUUACAACUGUCUACCAAACCGUGACGUCAUCAAUAAAAGAAGCCCGGAUGUUGGGCACGUGGUCCUUUGCGAUGACGUGUCUUGGGAUUUUGCCCAACUGGCUUAUGUUUUGGUGUUUAGCGUGGCGCUGAAUUAUGAACUAAAUUACCUAACGUCUUACGUUUGAUUCUUCAUGGGAACUCAGACUGUUUUCUUUGUCUCAUGCUGGCGAUAAGAAGAAAUUAAAACUUCUUGGGAGUCUUUUCAAAUCCUUUUUAAGAUAUUUACCGGGAAAGUUCUGACUUAUGAAGUCAUUUCGAAACAUGGGCAACUGGGUAACAGAAUUUGUGCUGAGAAAAUUUUUUUUAUUAAAUUAGAGUCGUCUACCCAUUUACAUUUAAGAAGUUUGUUUUGUUUUAAGAUUAAAUCUUCUCCCUGAUACUAAAGCUUGUAUACUUUCACUACCUUUUUUUUCCUGAAGAAUGUAUUGGUAUUGUAAGGAGAAGUAGCAUGUUAGUCACUCCUAAAAGUUGACGGGUUGAAAGUGAAACCAUUAUCGCAGUAUCCUGUAUCCCAUGUGUGAGGUUUACCGCUUCCUUAGUCAAAUUCUUUUCCGGUUAGAUAAGCCUAUUCGUUCUAUUUUCGCUUUUCUUGUAUAGUAAUUGUACUUGGUAUUGCGGUUUGCGGUAGUCAUCGAAUUAGUUUAGUUUAAAGUGUCCCGUUCACUUCAAAGAAACUUUAAAAUGCAGAUAUAUGGAAUUCACCGAGUAUUACUAACGAAUAAUUAUUAACUACAACCACAUUUAUUGAGAGCAAUUUCUUUUUUCUUUGUGCUAAAUUGUUGAUAGUGCAUAUCAAAUGACCUGGACCCUCUAACAGGUGUACACAUGAAGAUGUGUAGUUUCAAAACUUACGCGGUCUAAAAAUAUCAACGACAUUUGAGACCUUCGAAAUAUUCCUUUUCAAUUGGCAAAGUCACAUCCCAAUCAAAACUCAUCACGUAUCCAUGAAAUCUUUGAGGUGUAGGCGUGUUUUCGGUUAAUGGAACAGUCCAUGUUCACUCGUCCUUACUAAAUAAGCUGAAAUCAUCAGAGUGAUUUAAUAUUCUGUGUACAAGAUAUUGAUGAAAGAGUUUCACGCCGGAUAAUUUUUUAUAAUUUUUAAGGUUUCCAAUUUUCUUAUCAAUUUACUUUCCACUCAGGUGAAUUUAUAACGUCAUGUUCAAUAUUUCACGAUAUCAAAUACCCAACCACAUUUAUUCGAUGCCUUUCAGUCGGAUCUGUCAUGGUCGUGGUUUCGAACCUUCUAU